UUUUUUCGUCGCUUCCUAAUAACGUCAUCCGUGACCUGAGAGCACCAUACAGAGGGGGAGCUGUCCAGAGAUUCAAGUAAUCAUUAAGUGCCUUAAAGAAGAUGAGUGUACCAAGCUACGCUGAGGGUAACAUCGUAUUGACUGAUGAGAAAAAGGAUGACACCAUUCCAGACCUGCCCCAUGGGCCCUUGGAUGUCUACAGGAGAAAGGCCUCUUUCAGCUGGAAAGAUAUGGUCAGGUUCAUUGAUGGUGAAGAAAUUAUUGCGUUCAAGCGGCACGUGUGGACCACGCUGGAGAACGACCCGCUGUUCGCCCGGCAGCCCGGCGAGGACGUGCCGCUGGAGCGCAUGCGUGAGCUGACGUUCCACCGCUGCAAGCAGCUGUUCCGCUACGACUUCCUGACCCGCGACGACAUGAUGCAGAUGCCCUGGAAGACAACCGUGCUCAACGACUGCCUGGGCAUGUACGAUUGGUCCCUGGGCGCCAAGUUCUUCCUCAACAAAGGGAUGUUCGGUGCUACAGUGGCCAACUCAGGAUCCCAACGGCACGAGAAGUUUGUCCAAAGCUCUGAGAGCAUGAUGACAUUUGGGUGUUUUGCACUGACUGAGUUGAGCCACGGCAGCAACACCAGAGCCAUGAGGACCACAGCCACAUACGACCCCAGCACACAGGAGUUUGUGAUCAACAGCCCGGACUUCGAGGCAGCCAAGUUCUGGGUGGGGAACCUGGGCAAGACGGCGACCCACGCCGUGGUCUUCGCUCAGCUGUACACGCCGGACGGGUUUUGCCACGGCCUGCACUCGUUUGUCGUCCAGGUCAGAGACCCUAAGACCCUGCUGUCCAUGCCUGGGGUUACUGUAGGAGACAUGGGGAAGAAGCUUGGCCAGAAUGGGCUGGACAAUGGGUUCGCCAUGUUCCACAGCGUGCGGAUCCCGCGGGAGAACCUGCUGAAUAAGACGGGCGACGUGACGCCGGAGGGGAAGUACGUCACACCAUUCAAGGACCCCAAUAAGAGGUUUGGGGCGUCUCUGGGCGCCCUGUCCGGGGGGCGGGUAUCCAUAUCCAGGAUGGCGGUGGUCAACCUGAAGCUGGCCACGACCAUCGCCCUCCGCUUCUCUGCCACCCGGCGCCAGUUCGGCCCCAAGGACGACGAGGAGAUCCCCGUGCUGGAGUACCAGCUGCAGCAAUGGCGGCUCAUCCCUUACCUGGCAGCGGUGUACGCUCUGGAGCAUUUCUCUAAGACCUUCUUCAUGAACUUCGUGGAGCUCCAGAUCGGCCUCAUGAUGAGGGACAAGAGCGACAGACAGGCAGAGCUGGGUAGAGAGAUCCAUGCCAUCUCGUGCUCCAGUAAGCCUCUGGGCUCCUGGACGGCUCAGAGGGGCAUUCAGGAGUGCAGGGAGGCCUGUGGAGGACACGGCUACUUAGCUAUGAAUCGCCUUGGCGACCUCCGCAAUGACAACGACCCCAACUGCACGUACGAGGGCGACAACAACGUGCUGCUGCAGCAGACCAGCAACUACCUGCUCAGCUGGCUCCACCACAAGCAGAGAGGCCAGGGCAGGAUCGAGUCUCCGAUGGAGUCAGUAAACUUCCUGGAGGACUUCAGCUCCAUCCUGCAGAGCCACUUCACCGCAGCCUCCAUGGAGGAGUGCUUGGACUCAGCAGUGCCGUUGGCCGCCUACAAGUGGCUGGUGUGUUUCUUGCUGAAGCAGAGUGAGGCGAAGCUGGCUCAGGAGAAGGCCGUAGCCAAGGGAGACUUUGAUGCCAGGAACAACAGCCAGGUGUAUUACUGCCGCUCGUUGUCCAUCGUGUACAUUGAGCACACGGUCCUGCAGCGCUUCCAUGAUCUGGUUCAUGAUGAGGACACGCCAGCUGACCUCAGACCAGUGCUGCAGCGCCUCGCGGCCCUCUACGGCCUCUGGAGCCUCAGCAACCACAUGGCCAUACUGUACCAGGGAGGAUAUUUCUCUGGCAAGGCGCCUGCAGACUUUAUCCAGACAGCCAUUCUCCAUCUCUGCACUGUGCUGAAGGACGAUGCGGUGGCGUUGGUGGACGUCAUCGCUCCCCCUGACUUCAUCCUCAACUCUCCCAUUGGCAAAGCCGACGGUGAGCUCUACAAGAACCUGUGGGCCACCGUGAUGCAGGGUGAUAAGGUUCUGGAACGUGCAGCCUGGUGGAAAGAGUUCUGCUCCGACAAACCUGCAGUGGGCUCCCUCCGGGCCAAUCUUUAGGCCUGUCACCGGUAGACAGUUACCAUGGCUACCAAAGGAACACUUUGAGAUUGAUCCGCUGCCAUUUGGUAUCUGACUGGGCCCCCUUGGCCUCAGAAAUCAAUAGAUGGAUCACUGCCACUGGUGGUUCUACUUUCACCUUUGUUUUGGAUGACCACUGCAAUUUUUAACAGAUUAUCUAUCUAUCGAUCUCUCUGUUUCUGUUUCUGUCCAUGUCUGUCUGUCUGUCUCUGUCUGUCUCUCGCUCUCUCUCUCUCUCUCUCUCUCUCUCACUCUCUCUGUCUGUCUGUCCGUCUAUCUAUCUAUCUCCAACUAUUUUUCCCUUUUUAAAAUUUUCUUUCCUUCAUUUCUAACUCAUUGCAAUAUUCUACUCAUUUCACCCUAUUCUAAUGACCAUCUUAUAAUGUUCUUCAGGGUUUUCUUAUGUCUGUUUCUGUGGCGGGCCGUGUACCGAUCACGUGACAAAAGGGAUCAGGCCACAGGCCAUGUCCAACUAGACUUACUGCACUUCUAGCUGGUAACAGACCCAUUAAAAGCAUCAGAUCUUCCCUGUGUGUAGAGCACUUUGCUGUGACGACAGUCCAAAUAUAUAAAGUGUUUUACUGCUGUUAGACUGUCUGUGUAAUCCAUGGCUUCUGCUGAAGUGUCUGUGCCACCAGUAAAAUAAUUGUUAUAAAAAAGUUAUUUUUAAGCAUUCAUUCAGUACUAAUUGCCAUGACACUAAUGGUAUAUUUCAAUUAGAAAUUGUACUGGCUGAAAAUAAUGUAAAGUGUAAUAAAUCAUGUAUAUUUUGUAUAAAUAAUUGACCAGUGAUUUACUUUUGGUAAUGUGUGUUUGCCUAUACCUUGUGUAAUCUGUACAAAUGAAACAAGACUGAAUUUAAUCAAA